GCAAUUUUCGCCAGAAUGUCAAAUCCCGGCGGCCACCACAUUUCCAUCGGAAUGUCAGAUUCCGACGAAAAACUCGUUUCAAAUAUUUCCAAACCCCACAAAAAGCUCUUCCUAGUUCUAUUCACUUCUUUCCUACUCAUAGCCGCCGUCAUUGGCAUAGUCGCCGGAGUUAACUCCAAAAAAAACACCAUCAAAUCCUCCUCAACCCACGCCAUUGUCAAAUCCUCGUGUAGCACCACAUUCUACCCGGAUUUAUGCUACUCCACCAUAGCCAACGCCACUCAGUUGAGCAACAAAGUGAUUUCCACCCCGAAAGACGUCAUCAUGAUGUCGCUAAACAUCACGAAGACGGCGGUGGAACACAAUUACUUCUCCGUCAAGAGGCUGCUGUUGAAGAAGAAGGGGCUGACGGGCAGGGAGAAGACGGCUCUCCACGAUUGUCUCGAGACGAUCGACGAGACCCUCGACGAGAUUCGGAAAGCAGAGGAGGAUUUAAACCUGUACCCCAGUUUCAACAAAUCCCUGACCCGAAACGCGGACGAUCUCAAAACCCUAUUGAGCGCCGCCAUAACCAACCAGGAGACGUGUCUCGACGGAUUCUUCUACGACAAGGCCGAUAAAAAGGUCCGGGAAUCGUUAAUCGGCGGCCAAUUGCACGUCGAGAAGAUGUGCAGCAAUGCGUUGGCGAUGAUUAAGAACAUGACGGAUACGGAUAUCGCGAAUGAAAUCGCGUUGAAGGGGAGGAAUUUGAGGGAGAAUGAGGAAGAGGGGAUUAAUGAGUGGCCGGAGUGGCUGUCGGCUGGGGAUAGGAGGUUGUUGCAGUCGACGACAGUGACUCCGGACGUGGUGGUGGCGGCGGACGGGAGCGGGGAUUACAGGACGGUGUCGGCAGCAGUGGCGGCCGCGCCAGAGGGUAGUAGCAAGAGAUAUGUGAUUAGGAUCAAGGCAGGGGUGUAUAGGGAAAAUGUGGAUGUGCCUAAGAAGAAGACUAACUUGAUGUUUCUUGGGGAUGGAAGGACGACCACCAUUAUUACUGCUAGUAGGAAUGUGGUUGAUGGCAGCACCACCUUCAACUCCGCCACAGUUGCCGUGGUAGGCGAACGAUUCCUGGCGCGGGACGUAACUUUCCAAAACACUGCGGGUCCCUCCAAGCACCAAGCCGUUGCCCUCCGCGUCGGCGCCGACCUGUCCGCCUUCUACCACUGCGACAUGAUCGCCUACCAGGACACCCUCUACGUCCACUCCAACCGCCAGUUCUACAUCAACUGCUACAUCGCUGGCACCGUCGACUUCAUCUUUGGCAACGCCGCCGCCGUCCUCCAAGACUGCGACAUCCACGCCCGCCGCCCCAACGCCGGCCAGAAAAACAUGGUCACCGCCCAAGGCCGCACCGACAGAAACCAAAACACCGGUAUCGUAAUCCAGAAAUGCCGUAUCGACGCGACAUCGGAUUUAAAACCGGUGAAGUCGAGUUUCCCGACGUUUUUAGGGCGGCCAUGGAAGCUGUAUUCGAGGACGGUUGUGAUGCAGUCGGCAAUUGGGGAUUUGAUUGAUCCAGCUGGGUGGCACAUCUGGGAUGGGGAUUUUGCGCUCAGCACGCUGGAGUACAGGGAGUACGGGAACAGCGGGGCCGGCGCGGGGACGUCGGGGAGGGUGAAGUGGGGCGGGUAUAAGGUGAUCACAAGUGCCACGGAGGCGCAGCAGUAUACUGCUGGGACGUUUAUUGCUGGUGGCAGCUGGCUGAGCUCCACCACUUUUCCGUUUUCCCUUGGGUUGUGAAUUGUUCUGUACGCGGUUACUACUGUAUGUUUUACUCCUAUUUGUCAUUGGUGGUUGAGUUCCUUAAGUGGCGGCAAUGGUGGUGGUUGGGGUUUGGUUUGGAUUUUGAAUGAAGUUUUGCAGUUGAAAUGAGAGCAUAAGUGCUUAAUGUGACGCCUCAUUUUCACUUUCGAAACUUCACUAGUGUCAAGGACAUUUCCUGAAGCCAAGAAGAAGAGAAUUAAUUAGUACUACUUCGGUUGGUGCACAAGGACUUGAAGGUCCAUUUGAAUCCGGAGAUAUGAAUAAAAGGAGUUACAACUAGUACUACUUUUUGUUGUCCUCUUUAAUGGUUAGAUGAUUAUUUUGACUAUGUCUAAGAUUAUUGUAAUGAAUUUCGUUAUGUGAGUGUUGCUGGGCAAUUAUUAAUAUAUCUUCUCAAUUUUUUACCCAA